AUCUUGGCAAUUUUAGCUGCCAAUACUGCUCUCGAAGAAACUGAUCCAGCAAAAAAAAUGAGUGCUUUCGAAGAAUUUAAUACAAUAACGAGAGCUUUUUCAGAUACCACAUACGAUAAUCCCGAAAUAUUUAUAGUCAGGGCUCAUGCAAUUGAAGGAAAAAAUGCUUAUAAAAGUCUCCAAGAAAUGUAUAAAAAAUCCGAAGAACCAAUUCCGGUUGAACUUUUUAAUAAAAAAGGCAACAUGCUUUAUAAACUUGGCCAGUAUGCAGAAGCGUCUGAGUGUUAUAGAGAAGCCUUGAAAAAUUGCGAGGAACUUAAUCCUUUGCCAACUGAAGUUAGAAUAGUUCUUUUAUAUAAUUUGGGACGUUCUUAUGAAUCAUCACACAAUUUUAGAGAGGCUCAGGAUUUAUAUGAUCAAAUUAUUAAUGAACAUCCUUCACAUAUUGAAUCUCAUUUACGUUUGGCUGCAAUUGAAGAAUUUCAUGGUAACUAUGCAAAGGCCAAUGAUAUUUAUAAUGAAAUAUUAGAAUUUGACGAGAAUAACGUCGAAGUUCGUAAGAGAUUGGCCGUAAAUCAACUAAGGCAGGGUGAACUCCGUGUAUCUCGCAGAAGCCUUGAUGUGAUUCAUUUAGAAAAUAAAAAUGAUAUAGUUGUCACAAGUGCGUUAGGUAGUUUGCACCUUUUCAAAGCUAGAUUAUUUAGGCAAGAAAAAGAAAAAGAAGCGCGUGAACAAUCAUAUAAAAGGGCAAUGGAAUAUUUUCAAAAAACCUUGCAGAAAAAUCCAAGAAAUGUAUGGGCAGCUAACGGAAUAAAUGUUGCUAUUGCGGAGUCGGGUAGAUUUAAAGAAGCAAAAGAGAUAUUUUGGAAAUACGAAGGAGUUUCCAAAAAAUCACAAAAUAAGGAUGUAUCUGUGUUAGAAUGGAUUGGUCGUUCUUGUUAUCUUUUGGCUAAAGAAACAAAGAAUUUACAGAAAAUGGAUGAAGCCUUAGUUUGGACCGAAAAGGCCCUAAGACUUGCACCAACAAACAAACUUAUUGUACAUAAUGUCGCUCUCAUACAACAAAGCAGAGCACAGUUAAUUGGUGAACCAGGAGAGAUGCGAUCUUCAGUACAUACUUUUGAUCACCUACUUAAUGAUGGAUCACCACAUGUAAAUUUUGAUAAGGAAGUUUUAAAUCAACGUAUUAAUUUUGGACAUUCUACUGUGAGUUCGCUUAAAUCAAAACUUGAAGAAGCAUUGAAAUAUGAAGAAAUCAGAAGAAAGAAAGAGGAAGAAGCACAAAAACGUGCAGAGAAAGAAAGACGGGAACAGGAUCUGAUUGCUAUGGAAGAGGAACGAAAAAAAAGAGAAGAAUUGGAAAAAGCGUUAGAGAAUCAAAGGAGAAUUGAUCAACAAUUACGUGAAUAUACUGAAAAACAAAGUGAAGUUUGGGGAGAAGAAUCAAAAAAACGUAAAAGCAGAAAAUUUAUAGAUUCUGAUGAUGAAGAUGCAGAACCUUUUCAUAAGGUUUGA